AUGACAAUGGAUUCACAAGGAUCAUCUACCAGACGACCUUCUCAAACACCUCAAUUACCUUCCUAUCCAUCAAAUAAUAUUGCAGUUCUAUAUCUCAAACCAUAUCAACAACCCAUCAUUUUAUAUUCCAAAAUUUUCCGAUCUUUUAAACGUUUACCACGCGUAUUCAGAAUGAAAGACUUGAACAAAGAAAAUGAAAUUAAAUCUCGUGAAACACAGAUGGAUGGUAAUAUUCAAGAAGUUUUAAACCAAUUGGAAAAUUUAAGAGAUGGAAUGUCUAUGGAGAAUUUUGUAGAACUGAUAUUACUGGGUGUAAUAGAAGUGUUAUGUUGA